CCAAAAUGGUUGAUCGUGGCAAUAACUUGGUUCUCCCAGUGGGUCCAUGUAUCGCAGAGCUUACUGAAUCGAAGGCCAGCUUUGCACCGCCCAAAAUUAAGAAAGUGCUACCCACCAGAGAAAAUCGGAUGGAGCAGUUCCUUUGGCAGGAACUAUUCGCGGAGUACAACCGACAAGCUUCAGUUAAAGUUGAUUUGGGGGAGGACCGCACGGAGUACUACGACCAAUUCUGCAAGGAUGUGCCGCCAAAGAACGAGGAAACCGAGGAGGUCCUGAUCAACAAGUACCCACUGUAUUGCACCACUGCUGUCACUCUGUGGAACCACGAUGGGGAUAUGACCAAGACCUUUAAGAGAAAAUAUUCCAUUACCAAACCCAUUCAUGAGUGCACCGAAAAGUUUGCGCUUUAAAAACUGAUGGGAUUAACAGAGUUUAUGGAAUUUAUAUAUGCGAACAAUUUUAAUGGUUUCCUGAAAACCCUUUUCUAAACAUAAGGCCCCACAAUAAAUAAUAAAACCGAUGUAUUUAACGUUAAAUUGGUAUGUUCGAAAAUUAAACCUGGCAAUUUAAGCGA